CUUUCCAAGUAGCCGUUACGAUUCACUUUCCACAAUCUCUCCCUCUUUCAAAAUCGUCAGAUCUGUCGUUCUUGAGAAGUUGCGAUUUCCUGGUCGGUCUAAUUCUUUACUUGAACGAACAAGAAAAAGAUCUCAUCUCAUGGCUUCUCCUUCAAUCCCAAACAGACCAAACCCUAAACCCAGAAACUCCGAGGCCGGUGAUCCUUUGCGCCGGAGUUUCGGAGGCAACCCAUUCCCGGUCAACGUCCCCUCAGAUGUUUCUCGGAGGAAAUCUUUUGGUGGCAGAGACUUUAGCGACAAAGAGAACGAGACCAAAGCUCCUCCAACUCCAAAAGGUUCCAAGAACUUCAUGUCCCCAACAAUCUCUGCUGUUUCCAAAAUCAACCCCUCUCCAAGGAAGCGAGUCUUGUCUGAUAAAAACCAAGUCACUCGAUCCUUGUCUGACGUUAAGGGCCUAACCUUUGAGGAGGACACCAAAAGCCAUCAGCCAUGUGUUUCAUUUUCAGAUGUCAUAGACAUCAUUGGUACCGCUGAAAAGAAGCCGUUUGAGCGACCACAUGACAUGACUGUCACUGAUUUCGAUGAGGACAAGGGGAUUGUUUAUUCUGAUCCAAGGUUCAGGAUUAGCCCUCGCCCUUCUGUUCCGUACUCAUCUCCUGAGUUUGCAGAUCGUGAAGUUGGUCCAGUGCUGCCUCCUUAUGAUCCCAAGAAGAAUUAUCUGUCGCCCAGGCCUCAGUUCCUUCAUUAUAGGCCUAAUCCAAGAGUUGAGAAGCAUUUUGAUGAGUGCAAGCAGCUGGAUGAGCUUUUCAUCUCUGAAAGCUCUUCUUCCGACACUGAACUGUCAUCCGCGGAGGAACAAGAGAAGGAUGCUUCUCAUGAAGCAGUAGUGGAAGAAGAGACUGAAGAUGGGGAGCAAUUGGAAGAUGAAGAAGUUGUUUGUGAGAGCAUUGAAGAGACAAGUCGAGUUCCAAAACAGUCAGGUUUCAGACCAUUCAGGUUCCUUGGUUGGUUUCUGGCUAUGUCUUUGGGGUAUCUGUUGGUUUCAGCGACCUUUUCUGGACUUUCAAUCCUUGAAGAAUCACCUUCGUACGAGUUCAAUCUCCCUAAAGGCAUCAAAGAGUUUGCAGAAGCUAACAAGUUGGAGGAGUUGAGUGAAAGGCUCUGGUCUUCAACAGAAUCAUCACUUGUGUACGUGGGUAAGAUGAUCUCACGUCUAGGAGGAGGAACAGAGGAAUAUGCUCCAUUGCAAUUUCAUAACUUGACCUAUACUUUGGAAGAGGAGAAUACUGUUUUCCAGCCAACAAGAGUUGAAAUCAAUGGAGAACCAUUACAAGAGAAGGUCAGAGGUGAAAAGAGUCUUGAGGAUGACUAUGAACUUGAGGAGGAAAGUGGUGGAGAGAAAAACUCAGUUGAUGAACAGACUGAGAUGUCACCAAGCACAGACAUAGAGUUGAAGGAAGGAGAAGAGAACUUGGAAGCUAUAGUGAUUGAAGAACCUGAGGUGAUUCUUGCUGAAGGUUCACAAGGUCUUGAAUCUCAAGAAAAUCUUGGAACUGGAUCAAUCAAAACGGACCAGGUUGAGAUAGAAGCUAUCUACACUAACCAGCAUGAUGUUGAAACCGCUGCCAUCAUCAAAGCGCACCAGCAAGUAGAAAGUGUCUUAGCUGAUGCUGAAAGUGGACGAGAAGAAGGUUUUAGGGAUAUCACAGCAGAAACAAGUGAUGGUCUUUAUCCUAAACUGCAAGAGAAUGAGGUUGUGGCUAAUGCUGAAAGUGGAUCAGAAAAUGUCCUUGGGAAAAUUGCAGCAGAAACUAGUGAAGAUGUUCAUCCUGAAGCAAGAUCACUUAAUAAGGCAAUGAUAGUAUUGUCCUCGACCGUGAUGGUUCUACUCGCAGCGGUUGCUUUCUUAUUCACCAAGAAGGAAAAGCCCGUGGCUCCAUCAGCUCCUGAACCAGUGGAGCUAAACUUGGCUCAUGUGCCAGUGGAGAAUCUGGUGAAAGAAAAGCUUACUUCACUGAAUAUCCAAGCAGAAGAAGAAGAAGAAGUUGAUGACAGGAUAAGUAACAGUGUUCAUAAAAAGAGCUCAUCCCUCAGCAACAACAAAGAUCCUAAGGAACAUCAAAGCCUAGGAGGCAGCAGCAAGUUGAGGAGAGAAUCAAUGGCAUCAUCAGCAUCAGAAUACUCCGUAGGCUCUUUCUCAUACGGAAGUUUCACUACUUAUGAGAAAAUACCCAUCAAAAGUGGAGAUGGAGAGGAAGAGAUGAUAACACCUGUGAGACGUUCAAGCCGAAUCAGGAAACACCACCAACCUUCUUCUAUGCUAUGAGAUAGAGAGAGGCUUGCUAUUCUAGUCAUUGCACCACUCUGCUGCAAUCUUUAGUUUCACAUGAAUUUAGAAUUAGCUUUCUUACGAGUGUUCUAAUCUCUUGAAUUGUAACCGAACUUGUUUGGAUAUGAAGUUUGCUUCCCUUGUGUCAAUCACAA